AUGGUCGCCUCGCCACUGCUGCUGCUCCUCCCGUCCUCCCUCCUCCUCCUGUCCUCCUGCUCCUCCUGUCCUCCUCUCCUCUUCGCUUCCUCCUCCUCUCGACUCCUUGGGUCGAAGCUCCCGAUCUCUUUCUCGAAGUCCGCCUCCUCCCCCCUGACAGCUCGCACUCGCGCUCUCUUCACUGUCGCGAGCCCUCGGCGUCGUCCGCCUCCUUCCUCGCUGUCUGCCAUGGUGGCCUCGUCUUCCCCUUCUCCCUCAACCCUCAUCCCUUCCUCUCCUGCCACCGACAUGGUACAAGUGCUCAGCUCCUUUCCUGCUCGCACCUACCGGCCCCCCUGGUGGGCUCGCCAGGCGCACGUCAACACGAUAGUCGGCGCCCUGUUUGCGACUCCUCCUACUCCCUCCUACGAGCGCGAGCGGUGGACAACGCCCGACGGAGACUUCGUCGACAUCGACUUUCUCCGGUCGGAGCUGCCGGCGUCCCGAGGAAUCGUCCUCCUCUACCAUGGCCUUGAGUCGAACUCCCUGGCUCCCCUGACCGUCCGUCAAGCUCGCUCGCUCUCCAUGGCAGGAUUCGAUGUCGCUGCCAUUGGGUUCAGAGGAUGCAGUGGGGAGGACAACUUGACUCCUGGAGGAUAUCACCUUGGGUUUACUGAUGACGUCCACUUCAUUGCCAAGAGACUUCACGAG